AUGGAGGCAUCGACCUUACUGCGCGGUUCCACCUCCGUGCCGAACGAUAUACCACGUUUCGUGACAUACACCUCGCCAGUAUCACAAUACCCAUCCGUGCCGGCCACGAAUGGCUUCUCGGGCGGUGCGGCGACACUGCCUCUCAACCUCGUUGGUCUGAUCCUGAGCCAUCUCGACGACCUGGGAGACAUCGCGCGCGUCACGAGAACAUGUCGACUACUGUACUAUAUGACCCUACCUCAGCUGUACGCCAAAGUGUCGCUGCACUCAUAUCCGACCAUUCGGUAUACCAAUGGGCGACCAGAGGGUUUCGGGUCUGCAAGCCCCUUUCUGAUGGCGUUGAAUGGACUGGUCACAAAAGCGCAUGCUGGCAUAGUACAAGACUUCAGAGUAUAUGGAGAAUGGAACGAGGUGGGCGCGGAGGACUUCGCGAAGGGCAGGGUACCAGAUAACAGCAUGAUGCUGAACAUCUUGAUGCGCUCGGCGACAGACCGGAUGACGAAGCUACGGUCGUUCAGCUGGGAGCUGGACUGCAAGCCUCUGAAGCCACUGUAUCAAGGACUGGGUUCGCACAGCAACCUCACGAGCCUAUCGAUCAGAUUCCCGCAGACGAGGGUGCCGAGACCGUCGGUCGUGAUACCGCCUAUGGCCAAUCUGCGAAUUUUCAGAGCGAUGGAGAUCGACCCCCUUUGCUAUCCAGACGACAUCUCAGUCCUCCUCCUCAGCUCCAAGAAGCUCGAAGACGUCCGACUCCACUUCUCGCCCCGUAUGCGCGCCGAAGCAGAGUCAAGCCUGUCGUGGGCUACAUACUUUGGCCGAGUCCUUCGAGCGGAGUAUCAUAUGGGGCUCAAGCACUUCGCAGUCCAAAACUUCUACGGCCGCAACGUCGAGGGCAUGGGCGACAUCCUGAACUACGACACUUGUAAAAGCGUCACCUUUCUCGACGUCUUCGGGGGCGCGAGAGGAGCCAGUGCGAACGUCUUCUUAGACGAUACUUGGAAGCAGAUCCCUCCAGAUCUCACGACCAAAUUCACCACCAUGCGGACGAACGAGCCUGCGAUGCAGCAUGUGGAGAUGCUGUUGAGGGCCGAAGCGCCGCUAGAGAAUCUGUAUAUCGUAAGUCAGCGGUUGGGCAAAACGGGCAACACGCCCGGAAGCGGGCAAGAGAUGCCAGUCACACCCGACGACUCGCAGCCCGACUUCGAGGCGACUGCGUUGGGUAAGCAGUACCUACAUGCUAUCACACGUUGUCACGGCAGCUCUAUGAAGCAUCUCCUUCUUUGGGACGUAUGGCACCUGACGCAGGACGAUCUCGGCGAGCUAAUCCGCUACUGUCCGAAUCUCGAGCAGCUGGGCGUGGGUGUCAGCUCAGAGGACAGCUUGAAAACCAUAUGGCUCCUCCUGCCUUUCCUCCACAAGCUCAAAGCUCUACGACUACUGCUACCCAACGAGGUCGAAGGACAAUGUCAGAACUCUGGUCACUACAACAAUAUGGCGCAGACUCUUGGCAAAUUGAACGCGCAGAAUCUCAAGUGGCUUGGGGUGGGCAACAUGAUUUUCAAGAUUGGUCCACGGUACGAUGACAUUGAUGUCGGGGGACACGUUGUAGCGAAGGUACACAUUACGGAAGUGAAGAUUGCGGAUGUGCAGCAUGUGGAGAUUUGGGGUCGGGACUGUCUGGAUAUUAUGGCUGAUCCUGUCGCGCCUUUCAGCCCUUGA